AUGAUGCUAUCACCAAGGGAGAUUUCAACUGUUGUCAAAUUUCAGAGCACUAUUAAGUUCAAUGGCGAAGGUAUUCUAAUGGCUUCCUCUAGUGGUACGACAACAUCAUCAGGUGGUUCAUACCCAAUUCAGAACUCGGGGUCUGAUGAAGAUCUUCAGCAAUUGAUGGAUCAGAGGAGGAAGAAGAGAAUGAUUUCGAAUCGUGAAUCUGCAAGGAGAUCUAGAAAGAGGAAGCAAAAGCAUCUGGAUGAUCUCACGAGUCAGAUGAAUCAACUCAGGAAAGAGAACAACCAGAUCAUAUCAAGCGUCAGUAUCACCACCCAGCAUUACAUAAGCGUGGAGGCGGAGAACUCUGUUCUGAGAGCUCAGGUGGCGGAGCUCAGCCACCAGCUACAGUCUCUGAACGAGAUGAUCGCUUUUAUGUACCAACCUAUCGACACCGGUUGUGGGUUUGAGGACGAGCAAUACGGCGGCGGAGGUGGCACUGAGUUUGUCGACGAGUUCAUGAAUAACUCACUGAGUUACCUUUAUGCAAACCAGCCUAUUAUGGCUUCAGCGGACAUGAUUCAGUCAUGUAAAUCACUCAAUUUUCUGGAAGAAUCUCACUCCCACCAGUGUGGCGAGCCACCACAUGGUUCUUUGGGCUCGGCUAUCAACCAGAGCUUUAGUUCUGUGGAAAAAUUGAUUGCUAAAAAGAACGCAAAAGGCGCUGCUGUGCAAGGUUCUGGAUGGGUGUGGCUUGCUGUUGACAUAGAGUUGAAGAGGCUUGUGGUUGAAACCACAUCAAACCAGGUAAGUUAUCACUAG